UGUGCCAGGACAGAGAAACUCGGACGAAUCCUGUUCACCCCGUUGACCUGGGGGCCAGAAAGCGACCGUAGAUGCCGCGGAUGCAGGGCCUCCGGGUGGGUCAACAGGGUCAAGAGGGUCGAUCUCAUCAAGUUAGCCGGGCCCUUCGUGCCUAUGAGAAAUUAUAGGACGCCUAUUUAUAGUAUAUCUCCUUUCUAUACUCGACUCGAAGAAGAUAGCUUAUCCUCUCUACUAUCCUCCCCCACUAAAAUCGCUGUAGACGCCUUAUAUAGAUUAGAGGAUGGGGUAGAGCGCCGAAAUACACUCUUACGGAAGCAUGAUAUUAGAGUUCUUCCUAACACUAUAUACGAGCAAUUUGCUGUGGUUAAAUCGGCAUUUAUUACGGAGCUAGGCGUGCUUUUCUUCAUAAACAACGUAAGACUAAAUGACAUCAAAGAUGAGGGAUGUCCGAUCGCUGAGGUUCGACGCAGUGCUGGGAUGUCUGAGGUUGCAAGCAAGGACUGGCUAUGCUUGCGGUAG